GUUCAGCGCUUUUACCUGUUGUUAACAAUGACAUCAACGACACAGUUGGACAAGAUGAAAGUGAACAGCAAUUCACACAAUCAACGACAGAAGAAAACAGAGGCGAUUAUGAUGAUGACGAAAAUGAGAAAUUGGAUAAGAAAAUGGAGUAUGCGAUAGUAAAUGAUAGUGUUGAUGAAAAUGAUCAUAAUAUUAUUAUGAAUAUUAAUAUCAAUGCAAAUGAAGGUCACGAAAAACAACCUGACAAUGGUGAUGAAAUUUUUGAAGAUUUCCUUCAUUUAAUGUAGAGGCACGUCAUUGAAUGCGGUAUCAUGAAGAGUUCUGAAGACUGUUUGUUCGUCUGUUUUAUUAAUCUG